GGCUUUGGAAAAGGAAGAAGAGGGAGUAGCAUGCCUCAGUGUUCCCGCAUAGAAACUAUGUUUAUGUGCUGUAAUAUGCCUCCCUGGUCCCAACUUUCAACUUACAAAACCCGAGGACAGAGUAUCGAGAAAAAAAAAAAAAAAAAAAAUCUAUGGCCACACGCAAAAUGGCGGAAAACCUUGAGCCAGGGACGCAGGGACGCAAACGGAAGCGGAAAUUGAGCGCUACUCCUCCAUUCCACCAUGGGCAAGAAGGGCAAAGUUGGCAAGAGCCGACGGGACAAGUUUUAUCACUUGGCGAAGGAGACGGGUUACCGUUCCCGAUCUGCUUUCAAGCUGAUCCAGCUCAAUCGCCGCUUUCAGUUCCUGCAGAAAGCCCGAGCCUUGCUGGAUCUGUGUGCUGCGCCAGGGGGGUGGCUGCAGGUAGCUGCCAAGUUUAUGCCUGUAUCCAGCCUUAUUGUGGGAGUGGACCUGGUUCCAAUCAAGCCUCUCCCCAAUGUGGUGACUCUGCAGGAGGAUAUCACAACUGAACGCUGUAGGCAGGCCUUGAGGAAGGAGCUGAAGACCUGGAAGGUUGAUGUUGUGCUAAAUGAUGGGGCCCCCAACAUUGGGGCUAGCUGGGUCCAUGAUGCUUACUCACAAGCCCAUUUGACACUGAUGGCUCUGCGUUUGGCUUGUGACUUUUUGGCCCGUGGUGGCUGCUUCAUCACAAAGGUUUUCCGUUCCCGUGACUAUCAGCCUCUGCUAUGGAUCUUUCAGCAGCUGUUCCGCCGUGUCCAGGCCACCAAGCCCCAAGCGUCUCGCCAUGAAUCUGCAGAGAUCUUUGUGGUCUGCCAAGGAUUCCUGGCCCCAGUCAAGGUUGACAGUAAAUUCUUUGACCCCAAAUUCGCCUUCAAGGAGGUAGAAGUUCAGGCUAAGACUGUUACUGAAUUGGUGACUAAGAAGAAGCCAAAGGCCGAAGGCUAUGCUGAGGGUGACCUCACUCUCUAUCACCGUACCUCAGUCACUGACUUCCUCCGAGCUGCCAACCCUGUUGACUUCCUCUCCAAGGCCAGCGAAAUCAUGAUAGAUGAUGAAGAGUUGGUACAGCAUCCAGCCACCACUGAGGAUAUACAGGUGUGCUGUCAGGACAUCAGAGUAUUAGGGCGCAAGGAACUCAGGUCGCUACUAAACUGGAGAACAAAACUUCGGCGAUAUGUGGCCAAGAAGCUGAAAGAACAAGCAGAGGCACUGGACAUCAGCCUCAGCUCUGGAGAGGAAGAUGAAGGUGAUGAGAAGGACUCAAUAGCUGGGACCACAGUGCAGCCCUCUGAGGAGGAGGAGGAGGAACAACUGAACCAUACCCUGGCCAAAAUAAAGGCCCAGGAGGUGGCAGAAUUAAAGAGGAAGAAAAAGAAGCUGUUGCGUGAGCAGAGAAAGCAGCGGGAGCGUGUGGAGCUGAAGAUGGAUCUGCCUGGGGUUUCCAUCGCAGAUGAGGGGGAGACUGGCAUGUUCUCCCUGCGCACCAUCCGGGGCCAUCAGUUAUUAGAGGAAGUAACACAAGGGGACAUGAGUGCAGCAGACACAUUUCUAUCCAAUCUGCCAAGGGAUGACAUCUGUGUGUCAGAUGUUGAGGACGAUAGUGAUGACACAUCUCUGGAUAGUGACCUGGAUCCAGAGGAGCUGGCAGGAGUCAGGGAACAUCGGUGUCUAAGGGACAGAAAGUGUGUGCGAUUUGCUGAAGCGGAAGAUGAUCAAGAGGAGGAAAAUGAGAAUCCACUGCUGGUACCACUGGAGGAAAAGGCAGUACUGCAGGAAGAACAAGCCAACCUGUGGUUCUCAAAGGGCAGCUUUGCUGGGAUUGAGGACGAUGCCGACGAGGCCCUGGAGAUCAGCCAGGCCCAGCUGUUGUUCGAGAGCCGGCGGAAGGGACAGCAGCAGCCACAGCCACUGACACCGCCUUCCAGUUUGAAGACUGAGAGAAUGUCUCCCCUGUGCCAGGAUGAAACCCCUAAGGGAACAGAGGCUUCUUCAGGAACAGAAGCUGCCACUAGCCCUGAAGGGGAAGAAAAGGAUGGCAGCUCAGAUAGUGAUAGCAGUAGUAGCAGUGAGGAUGAAGAGAGCUGGGAACCUCUCCGUGGUAAGAGAAGCCAUGGGCGUAAGUCAAAUGAUGGUGGGUUUGAGAUCGUGCCGAUUGAGGACCCAGUGAAACAUCGGAUACUGGACCCUGAAGGACUUGCUCUAGGUGCUGUUAUUGCCUCUUCCAAAAAGGCCAAGAGAGAACUCAUAGAUAACUCCUUCAACAGGUACACAUUUAAUGAGGAUGAGGGGGAGCUUCCAGAGUGGUUUGUGCAAGAGGAAAAGCAGCACCGGAUACGACAGUUGCCUGUUGGUAAGAAGGAAGUGGAGCACUACCGGAAACGCUGGCGGGAAAUCAACGCACGCCCCAUCAAGAAAGUUGCCGAAGCUAAGGCUAGAAAGAAAAGGAGGAUGCUGAAGAAGCUGGAGCAGACCAGGAAAAAGGCAGAAGCUGUAGUAAACACAGUGGACAUCUCCGAACGAGAGAAAGUGGCACAGCUGCGAAGUCUCUACAAGAAGGCCGGGCUUGGCAAGGAGAAAUGCCAUGUCACCUAUGUUGUAGCCAAAAAAGGUGUAGGCCGCAAAGUGCGCCGGCCAGCUGGAGUCAGAGGUCAUUUCAAGGUGGUGGACUCAAGGAUGAAGAAAGACCAAAGAGCACAGCAACGUAAGGAACAAAAGAAAAAACACAAACGGAAGUGAGCAGAGCUGCCAGGCUCCCAGGAGAUGGGGACUAGGAGGAAGAGUGUGGCAUGGCUCAGUCUGGCCCCCUUGAUACACAUCACGCUCACAUCACAGCUGUCUGAAGAACAGUGAGGCAGGGUGCCUAGAACUCCCAUGGUGGUCCUGAGCAGAGGAUGUCCUCCUGCCUGCCUGAAGGGAGGUCUCCCAUGAAAGCACUGAACUGUAUUGACAGACCCAUGACCCGUUUUAUAAACCAUUAAAGGGAAGUUCAGUGUUGGAGCAAUACUCAGUGGGCCAGGACUCUUAAGCCUGGAGCCACACUCAAUGUAGUGUAGUCCAUUCUUGGACAUGUGGGCCUCUUAAGCAUUCCCCCAUUCUAUUCCUGAAUAAAACCAGGAUGAUGGAAGAGAUGUCUCUCCUGACAGUUUAAUAAGCACUUCCCUACAUCUGAAUACACAUGUGUGCAGCACUAUUCUAAGUCCCAGUUUAAGAUGUACCAAUUCAGUGAGACAGAAAUGACAAACAAUCCACAGGUCCCGAUAGUGAAACAUUUACUAGAGAGCAAGCAGAAAGGAAUGCACAGCUUAAAGAAACCUUCACAAAGUCACAAAAGUCAAAGUUUGUAUAUUUCUUUUCCUUUUAUAAACAAGAUAGAACAAAAAUCAUCAAUCAUCUCGGCAAAAGACUUUCCUACCAUUGGGGCAAGUUAAAAAAAAUACAGUGAAAUAGAAGACACUUUAAAAGCUGUUGUUGCAUUAAUUUUAAAUUUAGCAACACCACCUCAGACCUGGAGCAAUCCUAGAACAGUUACCAGGAUCACUUUUUCCCUUCAAUCUCUGUGACUACUGGGAGAGCCUGGGUCUGGAAGGUGCUUCCUACAUGUCUCAGGGCUGGAUGCAAACCUGGCUGGGGACCCGAGCAUCAAUUCCUGUUUAGAAUCAAACAUCUCCCUUCCCCACAAAUGUCUAAACCUACCAAACUGCUUCCCAACAAUUCAAUGGAUUAGAUUUACAGAAGCCAAUUCCUAAAAACGGGAUUGCUGGGCCACACAACUAAGAAAAAGAAUUCGAUAUAUAGAUGUUUAUAAGGUGACACCUUAGUAAAAAAUACAGGCUACGUAUAAUAUAAACCUAGAGCGAGUUUUGUGCCCUAUAAGGCCCUUUCUCCCAAGGUAACCUCAACUUACCCUCAUGACAACUCACCUAGAACCAAAAGAAGUUUCCCAGCUCUCACUGCUUCCAAGGACCAAAGCAGCUUCCCAAGAAAACAUCCGAAAAUUCCUUCUGAUGAAGGGGUAAUGUCUCCAAGCUCCAGCUUUCCACUAAGGGCAGGGGGUCCUUACCCUUUGGACCCCAACCCAGCCCUGAGACAUACCUAGUUACCGAAAUCUUUCUAAAAAUUAAGGACAGCUGAUUUCACGCUUUAGCACAUCCCCUCUAACUGUCCCAUCGACUUUUCUUGCGUUUAGGUGGCUCUGGGACAGCAAAGCCAUCAGCUGUCUUAUCUGUCUUGCUGUCUGCUUUGUCCAUCUUGCUGCUGUCCACCUUGGGCUCCAUUUUGCUCUCACGAUUACAAGCUUCUUUCUUGCUUUCCCCAUUCCGACCAUCAUUUGCACCCCGGUUCUCCCCAUGCCGGCCUGUGCUUCCUCCAUGCCUGUUCUCCCCAUGCCGAUGGCCAUCAGUAUGACGACUGCUGCUUUCUGGGUGGCGGUUUCCAUCUCCAUGGCGACCACCAUCUCCGUGACGUGGGCUGUCGCCAUGCCGAUUGCCAGUCUCUCCGUGACUGUGACGGCUGCUGCCCCGGUUCUCAGUAUAUCUCUCUCUUUUCCCGUUGCCACCCCCGGUCCCUUCUCGGCUGUUAUUCCCUGAAGCUGUGUUGUUGACUCCCUGGGCUCCGGCAGAUGGGUAGGUCACAGGGGCACCACUGAUGUUGCCACUAUUGCCAAAGCCUGGGAUGCUCUUGGUGGCACUGGUGACGGGGCUGUCAGGGCUGUUAUGGCCCUGUUGUGCUGAGUUAGUAGGAACAGAAUUCAAGCUCCCUGCACUAGUCCACCCACUUGCCCCAGCAGCAGAGCUUCCAGCCUUCUGAUUACUUAAACUGGCUGCAACAAAGUGACUCUUGUACUGUGACUGAAAGAGAAAGAGACAUCAGGAGUAGGUAAGAUAGCAAGUUCCAGAAACGAAUAUACAACUUGGCAAAUGAUGAGGUUUAGAGAAACUAUAACUAUGCUAUCUUGGCACUGUGACUUUAGUGUCCUGAUGUCCCCACAGCAUGGUCCCUUUUGUUCUUGUGCUAAAAAUGAAAACUUGUGGAUCUCUGUGGAGAGGUGGAACCCCAGUGUUCUGAAAUGUACUUUUAUAGCCUGAUUGACUAGAAUAAAGCAUCUAUGAUUUACCACA